GCACGCACGCACGCACGCACGCACGCACGCACGCACACACACACACACACACACACACACAGGCAUGCAUGUCGCCGUGAAAUUGCAACGAUAUUAGACGCGACGUGUAACCCCAUUUCUCCUCACCUAGCUUUUAAUGUUAAAUGUAUGUGCCACUGUUCUUACAAAACAAUUACACAUCAUAUACAAGAUUAAUGGUAUCGUUAUGUCGCAUAUAUUCUCCAACAUUAUAAAACACGGAUCUCUUGUUUAUGGCGUGAUUCACAAACACAAAAAGGUAAUAUUUACAUAUCACGAUACAAGUGUUUCUGCAUCCAUAAAAUUAUGUAUACUGCGGAAUACAUGUCACUCAAACAACUUGUUGAUCAACCAGCAAACCACGACAUGCUCCUGGCAAUGGUAAUAGUAAUUCACAUGCAUAAAAUGUGCAUAUUGAGCGUGACGCAUCAUGGGUAAUUACACCGCGGUUUGUUUAUCCUGUCUUUUGUGACGUCACGAAGCAGGUUCUGCAUGGCGUGAAAGAGAUAAAAUAUGACAUAUUGUGUAUGAUAAAUGAGAACUAGGUCAGGCAUGACGUUACACGUGUGUCUAUAUAAUAAGAGAGUGGACGGUCAUCAGGAAAGGUCACCACACAAGAAUAUAAUAUUCGUUAACACCACUGGUCUGAUAUUCACUAUGACAUCACACGGUAUAGUACCGUUUACCAUUCUUACGUGUGUCAGCGUUGCUCUGGUGUCUGGCGACGAUGCAUCAAUGACGACAAUGCCAUCUUCUGUGGACACGCCCACCCCAAUUCCGAUCAUGGACUGGCAAGGUCCCCGCCCAUUUCGUGGUUUUGGGCGUAUAUUCCGACCCUUCUGAUGCCUGAUGGGGUGUCGGUUUGGCAACGUCCCAUCUGACUGUACGUGCCCACGUCGACCAGAAUACACCUGUGCUCAAUUGAAAUGUACAGAUGACAAGGUGUGUAAGGUGUUGUUUGGCCGAUUCCCCCGCUGUGUUAGAGAACAGGCAGAUUGCGAACUGAGCAAGGACGCAGGGACAUGUUCAGAGCUGGUGCACCGUUUCUACUACAACAAAGCCACCAGAAGGUGCGAGGAGUUCCACUAUGGCGGCUGCGGGGGUAACGAAAACAACUUCCGGAACAAGAGGACGUGUAUGAGAACCUGUAGAAAGAGAGGCGCCUUCUUUAACAGACCUUAACAUUGUAACUGUAGUAAAUCCAUGCUUUACUUGAAUUCCAUGUAGACCAGAGCCAUAUUGUCGUAUCCACAUAAAGUUGAUCACACGUCAUGCCUCAUUGCCAAAAAUUGAGUAUUGUCUUGAAUAUUGU